CUUCCUUUAGCUUGCUUUCUUCCGCUCUUCUUCCUUUGAUCUAACGACAAGGUCGCACACAUACGCUUCAUUGUUCUUUCACUUACAAUGGCGGCUUAUGUGCAGGAUGUUAUCAUGCUUGUCGGCGAUUCACUUACCCAGGGAGGUUUCGUGCCGCACGGAUUUGCACAACAACUAGCUCAUGUUUACAAUAGGAAGCUCGACGUUUUUAAUCGUGGACUGAGUGGUUACAACACCACCUGGGGUCUACCCGUCUUUGAACAGGUGUUCGCAAAGCAACAUGAACAACAGCACGUACCGAAAGUGAGACUACUCACAAUCUGGUAUGGUGCGAACGACGCUUGUAUUCCACCUUCACCUCAACACGUCCCCCUUCCCGAAUUCUCCGCCAAUCUGAGGACCAUGAUCCGUUCGGUGACUUCCCCAUCAUCACCCCACUACUCUGCUAUAACCAAGAUCAUCCUCAUCACCCCUCCUCCUGUGAACACUCAUCAACGUGGAGCUGAUCUUGCCUCGCGAGACCCUCCAAGGCCUCUUGAUCGAGAAUUCGAGACGACGCAUCAGUAUGCUGAAGCCGUCAAGAUUGUCGGAGCGCAAGAAGGUGUUCCCGUCAUUGACUUAUGGACCAUUCUAUAUGAUGCGUGUGGUCGUGUGGAGGAAAAGCUGAGCGAGUAUCUGUAUGAUGGUUUGCAUGUCAAUCAGAAAGGGUAUCAGGUUGUCUUCGAUGAGAUCAUCAAGACUGUUAGCAAGCACUACCCAGAGCUUCACUACGAUAAGCUUCAGAACGUCUUCAUAGGGUGCGUAGACAGAAUCACGUUUAUGUCGCGCCGUCUAAAGUGCUUUGUCAAUGCAGACAUGCCGAUAUCAAUUUCGAGAAUCUACGGGAGAGCCUACAGAAAAGAAUCGCCAUGCCAUCCCCUAUACCAGCUUCCAAAUGACCAUUUCCCUGAGCCUUUCUCAGUUCUGCCUUUUGUCGUUGCGAAGUAAUUGCAGGACGUGCAACACAAAAUUAGAAACCAGCUAGGUCGAUAGAACUGGUGUGUGAAUUCUAGACAUCAGAAUAUGCUGUAUGCAGUGGGUAUUAAUGACUGUAUUUACAUGUACAAGGUACUGUAAGGUGCAAGAGAGACAACAUGGAAUGAGCAGAACAUGUGUGCAGGAAAGCGAGAACGAUGUGCAGUGUAACAUGUGAAUUAAUAAGUAAUGAUCAUGAGUGAAACGA